AUGUCCAGCAGCUCCGCGCCGAGGGCGCUGCAGGUUGUUUUGCGAGCGCGCAAAUGUCAGCGUUUCGGGCAAAGUCAUCAUGACAAUCAGGGUACUGGGCAGAAUCAAGCUCCGGGCGAGAAGACGGAGCUCGCUGCCGAGGCAGUCCCGCCGGGAGGUAGCCAGCAGGCCACUCGCACCGACGAGGACGCAGAUGCUGUCACCCAACGUCCUCGCUGUCUCCUUUCCCAUGGACCGGUCAUCCACGAGGAAUGUAAUCUUGGCGCUCGGUCGGAUCCUUCCGACGAUGAUACGGUCGAUGAUCGCAUGUUUUCCCCGUUCCCCGCACCGCAUCGUGAGGUCACCUGGAUGGACGAUAUUUGA